UUCAUAAUUAUUUCCACUAUGUACGAAGGAUUUCAGUUGUUCACAGCAGUAUAGAUUGUGGUGCACAUGUCGACCAACGACCGAUUUAUAUAAUAACACUAAAUACCCAAAUGCGAUUAAUGUGACAAAUUUAGCAUCGAAUAAAAGUGUACCAUAAAAUCUUCACGUGAUUAGACUAGUCAAUGGAAUAAGAAGAUCAAACUUAGAUAAUGAUACAGUCACAAUUAGACAAUCAUGGAAAUAAAUACUGAUGACAAUAAUUCAAGUUCUGAAUAUAUUCUUUUAUAUGUAGAAGAUUUAAACAUAAGUAUUGCAGAAGAAUUGGUUGAAACUCCAGAAUGGGAAUACAGAUUUGCAGUUCCAGCUAUUUUCCUGAUUUUUAUGAUUACAGGAAUGUUAGGCAACGGACUUGUGGUUCUAGUUUUUAUAAAAAAUAAAACUUUUCGAACUAUAACCAAUAUGUUCCUGCUAAAUUUAGCGGUGACCGAUCUAAUGUACUUAUCGUUCUGUGUUCCAUUUGGUGCAACGCGAUAUUAUAAAGGGUACUGGAUAUUUGGGAACGCAUUAUGUAAAUUUGUACAGUAUAUGAUGACUGUAUGUUUAUCCCUACAUGUCCUGACUUUAGCAGCGGUUGGAAUAGACAGGUACCUAGCUAUUGUUCACCCUAUAAUAGCGUUAUCAAUUAGGACAAAAAAACGUUGUAUUCUUGUGAUUCUCUGUAUAUGGUUUCUAUCGCUUUCUUCAUUUAUGCCUGUAAUAUUCAUCAACAGAGAAUUUAAAGCUUCACAAUUCAUGGCUUUUUGCUUAGAAGAGCUAUCUGAAACAGACAGCAAAAUUUAUGCCAUCGCAAUGUUGGUUUUGUUUUAUGUGAUACCGCAGUGCAUUCUGGGAUUUUGUUAUUUACAAAUUGCUAGACGUAUGAAGGAAACAAUGACUAAGUCACGCCUUGCACCUGUUACAAUUGUAUCAAUGAAACGAAGAGGUAGAUUAGUUAGACUUGUUGCUAUAGUAGCAUUGGCCUUCGCCAUUUCCUGGCUUCCGUUACAUAUGGCGGCAAUUAUAUCAGUUAGUUCUGACAAUUCAAACUCCGCUUUUAUUUAUCAUUUACAAAACGUUGCGCCAUGUUUUUCUUAUGCUAAUUCUGUCGUCAACCCUUUUAUAUAUUCUUUCAUGAGUAAAACAUUUAGAAAAUUUUUCAAAGCUACAUUCAAAUGUAGAUCAAUAAAUAUAACGUCAUCAUUGUUGGUUGAUGACGCCGACGCUGUAGUAAGUACACACGAUAGACGACAUCGAGGAUUAGAGCUCAGAUCAGUUCGAAAUAGAGCAACACAAACACCGCGAUCAGCUAAAACCUGGAAACGUGAACGGAAACCAGCUCCUAAACCCGUUGACACACCAGAAGAGACAGUAACAUUACCGCUUGUGGAAAGUUUGUUGUAAAUAUAUAUGUAUAUCAGUGAAAGAGUUAAAGAUGAUGUAAUAAACAAAAGAAUAAUGCAAAAGGUGUGUUUGAUUGUCGCUUGAAUAUUCUUAAAAGUGCAUAAUUAUAUUCUAUAUAACCUAAUAUGAAGAGUGCAAAUAAAAUGGAAAUGUCAUUAAACCACAUUUCUUGAGGCCUUGUUUUUCGAAAAUAUUUUCAGACAUGUUCUCAGAUAUACCUUGAAAACUAUUACGGACUAAACCAAUGCUGUCCUAAAAUAGCUACUAUAUAAUAAGUUACAAUUACAUUCAAUGUAACAGCGUUAUUUCUUUUCAGCGUUCACAUAAGAUAUCUAAUUAACUAAAUUAGUUACACAAGAUUAUUUUAGACAUACUAAUAUUUAUUUAUAUGUUAAUGAUUAUAAUGACGAUAAAUGAAUACGAAGACGUUAAGACAAUAAAGAAAAUAGUGAUAAUGAAUGUGUUGAUUAAAUGCCAUUUUUGUAAUUUAUUUUUAGCUUAUAUAA